GUGGGUGAUGCAGAGCCGGAGCUGGGUGCUGCCGACAGCUGGAUCGGGGUGGUGCCUGUGGGUGAGGAGCCGGCCGAGGGCCCCCGCGGCGCCAGGGAGGAGUCCUUCACCACCGCCGUCGUCACCAAGAUGAAGCGAGCCCUGGUGCUGGGAGCCUCAGCCCUGCUGAUCCUGGCACUGAACCAGAAUGCCAUCCGUGAGCUGGAUGUGUCCCAGCUGCUGGCCAAGCCUGUCAUCGUCAUCCAGUCCUCGGACAAUGUCACCAGGCUGCUGGGAGCACUGCUGAGGGGACUCCGGGCUACAGCGAAGAUCACAUAUCAGGCAGUGCUGCUGGAGAACCUGGGAGUGACCCUCACCCUGUGGUCCACCUGUGGCCUGUCCCGAGGAGGCCUCUACGGGGAGUGGCAGGGGGUGAUCUGCACCGGGGAGAACAGCUCCCAGGUCCAGGUAGGGCACUGGGGUUCCGUGGGGCUGGGAGCGGUGCGAGGUGUCCGCUCACCUCCCCUGUGCACUGUCCCGUAGAAGUACCUGCAGCAGCUGUGGAACACCAUCCUGCUGAUCGCCCUGCUGCUCUGCACCGGCGUCAUGGUGCAGGCGCAGCGGCAGUCGCGGCAGGACCUGUCAGAGCGGGACGCUGAG